UGCUACUAAUAUGUCUCCAAGAAGCGACGUGAAUUAUUCUGAAACCAUCGCUUCAGGAAUUUUUGAUUGAGUAGUUACAGAAUUAACAAAGCCCUUGUGGCGGAGAAAAGUGCAAAAAAAAAUUUUUUUUUUCCCAGUGAAAAUGGAGGUCCUGACAAACAAAUUUUUAAAAGCAUUAAGCCGGGUGAGACUAGUGAGGACACCUGACAGAUACAGCAGUAGGCCUACUACUACCCGGAGGAUUUUAUAUCCGCACGUCUAUGGAGAAAAUACAUCUUCCAACACAAGUUAUUCUUACAUACGAACUUCAGCAUUUACGUGUUUAUGGAGAUUCUUUAUCAUUGGAAAAGCGAUGCCUUUUAUGAAACUUUCUUUCACGAUGCCGGAAGUAGCCCAAUGUUUGCCUACUUAUCGAAUCAAGUACCACUAUUUGAAUUUGUCCUUUUCAUUAGGAUUGAUAACUGCGUUUUGUUACGAUGCUGAUAAUAAGAAGAAAAUUGAAGAGCGAGAAUUUCUACUGGCAGCAAUGGUGGGAAAUGUUGAUCGAUUGAAGGAAUUUAUUGACAAAGUUGAUGUGAACUGUCGGCAUCCUUAUGGCUGGACUGCUCUUCAUGCUGCUGCAAUAAAUGGUCGGGCUGCAGCGGUAAAAUUUUUGCUUGAGAAUGGUGCAGAUCCGAACCUGCCUGAUGAUUUCUCCAAUAUUUUUCAAGUUGCAAGAGAGAACAGAACCUCUCCAAUAAGUGUGGAGGUAAUACGUGAAUCAGAGUUCAGCACCUUACUUAAUCACAAUCAAAUGUUCCGUGGAUGUACCUCACUGCACUAUGCUGUACUUGCUGAUAGCCAGGAGUGUGUACGUCACUUGUUAGAUGCUGGAGGGAACCCUAUGCUGGAAAAUGAGUACCGAUUCAAGCCAGAAGACUAUGCGAAAGAUAUUGGUAUGAGAAAGAUGAUGCAGAGACAUUCUGAGCUUUAUAAGAGUAAGCAGAAACAAACUGAGAUGGAAGAAAGGAGAAAAUUUCCUCUUGAACAGAGGAUAAAGCAGAUAAUAGUAGGCCAGGAAGGAGCCAUAGCCACUGUAUGUGGUGCUAUACGCCGAAAAGAGAAUGGCUGGUACGAUGAGGAGCAUCCCUUGGUUUUCUUGUUUUUAGGGUCCUCUGGCAUUGGCAAGACUGAACUUGCCAAACAAAUUGCGCAAUACUUGCAUAAAGGGAAGGAUGCUGCGUUUAUACGUAUGGACAUGUCAGAGUAUCAGCAAAAGCAUGAAGUUUCCAAGUUUAUUGGGUCACCACCCGGCUAUAUUGGGCAUGAUGAAGGGGGCCAGCUGACAAAAAAAUUGAAAUCAUUCCCCAAUGCUGUAGUUUUAUUUGAUGAAGUAGAGAAAGCACAUCCAGAUGUUUUGACAAUAUUGUUGCAGUUGUUUGAUGAAGGUCGGCUCACCGAUGGUAAAGGCAAUACCAUUGAAUGCAAGGAUGCAAUUUUUAUCAUGACUUCCAACCUGGCAAGUGAUGAAAUUGCUGAGUAUGGCUUACAGCUAAGAGAAGAAGCUGAUAAAAUUACCAAGCAGCGAUAUGAAGGUCAGCCUGAAGAUCUAGAGAUUACAGAAACUAUAACCAUUUCUCGUAGGUUCAAGGAGAAAAUUGUUCGUCCAAUAUUAAAAAAUCAUUUUCAACGUGAUGAGUUCCUUGGGAGGAUCAAUGAGAUUGUCUACUUCCUUCCAUUCUCACGAUCUGAACUUUUAAAACUUGUGAGGAUGGAGCUUGAUCGUUGGGUUAAGCAGGCACAUGAAAAGCACAACAUUGAAUUAAAAUGGGAUCCUGUUAUUCUUGAUGUAUUAGCUGAUGGGUACAAUGUAUAUUAUGGAGCAAGGUCUAUUAAACACGAGGUUGAACGUCGUCUUGUUAAUCAGCUUGCUCUAGCCUAUGAAAAAGGUCACAUUACUGCAGGCUGCACAGUGUAUGUCUAUACUGAUAUACCAAAGACUGAGGAUGAGAAGGCCAAGCUGCAGGAUUCUCCCAGCCCCAUAAAAAUAAGAGUGAAGAGGAAGGGAACUGAUAAGUUCACAGAAGUUGAUCCAGAUGAGUACUUGAAACAACGAUGACAGUGUUGUAUUUCAAUGUGAAUCUUUAAUUUACUGAAGAGGAAAAAUUUGCAGCAAUCUGAAUUUACUUUCAACAUUCUGAUGGAUGGUAAUUUUGACCGGGAUUGCAUUUAUUAAGGUAGUUCUUGUAAAUUUCACCAUCAGUUGUCCUGGAAUAGAGCAAAAUAUGGCGUGAUAAUUUCCAUAUUAUAGAGGAUUUUCUUUAUUGGACUAUUGUACUACUAAAUGUAAAAAUGUAUCAUAAUUCAUUGAGUAGUUUUGUUUAAUUUAUUAAAAUGUUUAUUUGUACAAAA